CGUUGUGCGCCGUUUUGGAGACGUUGGUGUCAAUCCGAGAGAGAGUGGCGGUUAAGGCUGCCAUUUGCUCGGCGAGAGAAGGAUUGGUCGACGUGGUGGCGGCUGAGGCAGUGGCUCUCGGUUGUCGGCGUGGAGGAGGCUGUCGAAACGGAGUCUCGUCGGUGCCCGAGUGGAAAGAAGAUUCAUCAAUCUCCCAAUGCUUUGUCCCCUUUAUCUUUGGCCCAACAUCGGUUUUGAUGUUGUAUUCUUCAAGAAUUGCCAUGACAAGGAGGGCGUAGGGGAGCGGCCGAUUGUCGAAGGUGGUCGUGAACAUGUGAGUCAUCACAAAUUUACACCAAUUGAGAUUGGCAUUGUGAAUCAUCGCAUGGAUCGUCUUCGUGUCUUCUUGGGAGAGAUUGGUGUGGUUGAACUUCCUGGGCUUGAGGAUCCGUGUCAACACAUAGAAGAUGAAACGAUACACGGGACUCAUGGAAGAAAUCGUAGGGCGCCGCUGUUGGGGAGUGGGUACGAAGUGUCGGAUGCCCACUUCGUCCAAGAGAGCGGUCUCAUUGAACCGCGCUCCUUCUCCGGCGUAGAGCCCGAGAUCCUGUCCGUCCCGACGAAGCCCGAUCAUUUAAUCGGGGAUGCUAUGACGGAUGAAGAAUUCAACCAGAUUUAUUCUGGUAAAGGAGACGCGAAUCUCCCCACUCUUGAUAGUCUAUUCGAGGAUGUUGAUGAAGCAGGACUGGAUAAUCUUGACGGGGACGAUGAGCCUACACCGCAAAGCAACGACGUCGACGUGGAGGCAGGUGAGCCCGAGACCUCUCGAGGUCCGGACAAAGGUAAGAAAAAAUAUAAAUCAGAAUUAUUUGUUUAUCAUUUUGACAAAGACACAAAAGAUGGCAUAAUUUAUGGAACUUGUAAACAUUGCGGGACCGUCAUAAAUAUGGGAGUUUCCGGCGGUUAUGGCGGUCCGGAAAAACACCUAAGGUCGAGGCAUCCCGUGGAGUACGCCAAAUACGAGGCCAAAAAAAAGGGACGACAAGAAGUGCAAACCCAAAUUUCUCGGUUUGCUAACAGAGAUAAAAAUAGUUAUUACUACAGCUAUUUAGUAGAAUGGAAAAAUGAAAGAGAUAAUGUUAUAACUCUUUUUGAGGAUUUGUUUAAGGAAUAUCAAGGGUUAUACGGUACUGUACAAGAAGAAACAGCACCACCUCCGCCCCCGAAAUCAAAAAAAGGUUUUGCCGGCAUAGUCGGUGGGCUUCUUGCAAAGAAAGGGAAACGUGCCCAGUCUUCGACGAGUUCAAGUGGUACAACAGUAAGCUUGCACAACGAACUUGCUAUGUACCAGGGUGUGCCAUGCGAUUACGAUGACGACGAUGUCGAUUUUGACGUGCUCGGAUGGUGGAAGCGGAACGAACACAUGUUCCCAUGUCUCGGCAUGCUAGCAAGACAAGUGUUGUCUGUCCCAGUAUCAACCCUAGCAGUUGAACGAGAAUUCAGUGCUGGCGGCAACAUUCUAACGGACUACCGAAGUUGUCUUAACGCUGAAUCUCUUGAAACACUGGUUUGCAACCAAGAUUGGCUUUUGGCAAGACGUCGGGCUCAAGAGUCAUCGUACCAACUCGAAUCGGAGCAUUACAUGAAUGCAACCACAGAUGGAAGUCCGAGUUCUGAAGAAUAAGUUAUAAAUUUUUUUUAUGUUAAUGUAAAUAUGUAAUUAAUUUUUUUAGGUGAGCGAUAUAUAAGCUCCUUCGAGAGUUUCUUUACGGUUCUUUACCUCGUCGCUUUUUUUGAACCGUCAGGAUAUUAAAUGUGGUUGUUCUUC